AUGAUCUUCGACCCAGCCCCCAUCGAGCUCCCGGCCUCGUACGAGACUGUCCCAACGUCCGGUCAUAUCAAAAUCUCGCAUCACCCAGCUGGUGCACCAUCAGUAACCCCAGUCAUCGUCGUUACUCUCAACCGACCGGCCAAUAACAAUGCCUUCACUGGGCAGAUGGUCUAUGAUUUCGAAAAGUUCUUCCCCAUGUUCGACGUCGACGAACGGGUCAAGGUUAUUGUCUUAACGGGCGCGGGCAAGAUCUUCUGUGCCGGUGCGGACUUGGAUAUUGGCUUCAGUAGCAACCGAGAACGUCCAGCUGAUCACCGUGAUGGCGGUGGACGUGUUGCACUAGCUAUCCAUCGCUGCCGCAAGCCAACUAUCGCAGCUAUGCAGGGCUCUGCUGUGGGAGUUGGGAUGACCAUGACUCUACCAGCUGUUAUUCGUAUCGCCUACGAAAAAGGAAAGUACGGCUUCGUGUUCGGUCGGCGCGGCAUCAUCAUGGAAUCUUGUUCCUCCUAUUUCCUGCCUCGCUUGAUCGGCUUCUCGAAUGCCAGCUAUCUCGUGAGCACUGGUGGUGUCUUUCCACCCAAUUCGAAGCAUUUCGGCGAUUUAUUCAAUGAAAUUCUGCCCGAUCCCUCACAGGUUCUACCCCGGGCGCUCGAACUAGCCUCGGAGAUUGCAGAAAAUGUCAGCCCGACGUCGCAGUAUCUUAACCGUGCCCUGAUGUGGCGCAAUCCUGGGACUGCAGAGGAGGCUCAUCUGUUGGAAUCGGCUGUCAUCUGUCACACUUUUGGCUCAGAGGAUCAGAAAGAAGGUGUCAAGGCCUUUUUCGAGAAGCGUAAACCAACUUUCCGGGCGAAUUUGGAUGAUGACCCGCCUGUUAAUAUGCCAUGGUGGAGUGAAGUCGAUACCGGGCGAAACCCAAAGGCAAAGGCUCCGUCAAAGUUGUAA